AAAAAAUAAAAAAAAUGAAAACUCGUUUCAUGUACAGAGACAGCGAGGAGAAAAAGAUUUCAGAGAUUCGUCUUCAGCUAUUCAAUCGAUCUGUUGUUUUCUCUCUUCUUCAAAUUCUCUCAAUUCGAAUCUACUGUGAUUCAGUCUCGUCUCGUUAUCCGAUCUCGUGACUCAACUCUGUAAUUCUCAACUUGGUUUGAAUUCGGAGGAGGAUUUGUGGUCUUUGAAGUCAAGGCAGAAUGUGAAGGAGCAGUAUGAGCAUCUAUAACCUAGGUGAAGAACGGAAUUAAGUUUGGUUUCUGUGAGUUAUAUUGGAAAAGGAUUUGUUUGGGACGUUCCAUGGGCGAUGGAGGUGUUGCAUGCGUGCCUUCACAGCAUGUUAUGGAGAAGUUUUCAAUUUGCGGAGGCAAGACCAACGGCAACACCAAGCUCAAUUCUUCUUCAAAGUCUUCACUCAGAAUGAGUCCAAAAAUGAAGGGAAAAAAAGAAAGGGGAGGUGAAUUGGGUUUGAAGAAUAUUAGCCGUGAUAAAGAAGUUGAGAAUAAUUGCAAUGGUGAAGUUUGCAGUAAUAGUAAAGAUGAGGUGGAAGAAGGUGAAUUGGGAACUUUUCCCAUUGAGAAUGGCGAGUUUGUUCCCGAAAAAUCGGAAAGGAAACAUGAGAUUAAGGGUGAGUUUGAAAAGAGCGAGUUCGUUACUCCAAGGUGGCGAAAGGGAGGUGGUGAAUUGGAUAGGGACGGAUGGAGGUCAUCAAAGGAUGAAUUGGAGAAAGGCGAAUUUGUACCCGACAGAUGGCGCAGAAGCGAGUUCGAAUUUCGGGGUGAUGAUUAUGGCUACUCAAAGUCGCGAAGAUAUGAUUCUUCAAAGGAAAAAGGAUGGAAAUUUGCGCAUGAACGAACACCUCCUUAUUCAAAAGAAAAGGGAUGGAAGGUUGACCGUGAACACGAGUGGAUUUCACACUCCCGUAAAGAAAGGGGUUGGAAAGGCGACCAUGGAUGGUCGCCACCUUCUUCAAAAGAAAAGGGGUGGAAAGGUGAUUGUGAACGUGAGUGGACUCCGCCUUCAUCCGGUAAGUAUUCUGUUGGGAAAGAGUUUAAUAGAAGCGGUGAGACUCAAACGCAUGCAAAGAAGUCUACUUCUAGAUAUGAAGCUGACAGGAAUAUGAGGAUCGGUUCCAAAGUUGUGGAUGAGGAAGGUUUCUGCAAGAACGACCUCAAUAACGGCAAGAAUCAUGCAAGAGGCAAUCGUCCAAAGCGUUAUGGUAAUGAUUCAGAUUGCAUUGACCGGAAGUACCGCGGUGAGUGUGAUUUUUAUUAUAAUUCAAAAAUCCGAAAGCUUUCUGAUGACGGUAGCCGCUCUACACACUCGUCAGAGUACUAUUCUGGCCGUUUUGUUGAGAGACAGAGUAAAACUGCUACUUCUUCAUCACGGAACAUUCCCUCUGAAAGGUAUUCUUCUAGGCAUCUUGAGUCAUAUAGGGCAGUUUCUGACAGGCAUAAUAGCAGUCCACGUCAUCCUGAGCGGUCACCAAGAGAUCGUCCCUGCAAUCGGAAUAAUAAGAAACGGAGCCCAGCUCGACCUGAUAGGUCCCCCUAUGAUCGGAGGCAUCAGUACGAGAGAAGUCGGUCCCCCUAUGAUCGAAGCCAUUACUAUGACCAUAGAUAUCAAAGCCCUAGCUAUGUGGAGCAGUCCUCCCAUGAUCAAGGUCGAAGCUAUGAUGGCAAGUCUCGGACCUCAACUUUAUUGGAGCAGUCCCCGUUUGAUCAUGGUAGGUCCUGUGACCGCAGGGAAACAAAUUGGAGAAGUGGAUCGAGCGAGAAGCAGUUGAAUUAUUACGAAAGAAAAGAGCAAGAGCCAAAACAUAACCAGAAGGAUUCUGGUGGGAAGAAUUCACGAGUUUCAGCUAAAGAGUCACAAGAUAAAAGCAAUUUGGAUAUUGAGAAUGGCUCCAAUGAUAAAACUGGCAGCCAUGCUUCUCACCUGGAAGAGCUCUCUGAAAGUCCUACUUUAAAGGGUAAAGAAUCUCCUCUGGAAAAUGGAGCUACUGAGGAGCUGACGUCCAUGGAAGAAGAUAUGGAUAUCUGCAACACACCUCCUCAUGUCUCAGUGAUAGCAGAUGCGGCCACUGGAAAGUGGUACUACCUGGAUCAUUUUGGCCUGGAACGGGGGCCUUCUAAAUUGUCCGAUUUAAAAACAUUGGUCCAGGAAGGAUAUCUGGUAUCUGACCACCUAAUCAAGCAUUUUGAUAGUGACAGGUGGGUAACAGUUGAAAAAGCAGUUUCCCCAUUGGUUACUGCAGAUUUCCUUUCAAUUGUUUCAGACAAAGUUUCUCAGCUAGUGAACCCUCCUGAGGCUCCUGGUAAUUUGUUGGCAGAUAAGGGAAACUGGGCACUUUCUGGUAGCCUGGCUGGUGAGGCAUCAAUGGCCCUUUCUUCAGAUCCAAUAUCCUUCUCUGAUGACAAUUCAGCUGUAUCAGAGCAUUUGGAAGAUCUACAUAUUGAUGAAAGAAUUGGAAUGCUGUUACAGGGUGUUGAAUUACUUCCUGGCAAGGAACUUGAGACAGUUGCGGAAGUCCUGCAAAUGACUUUUAGAUCUGCGGAAUGGGAGAGAGCUGGAAAUAUCGAAGAUUUCACUUGGUGUCAACUUCACAUAGGUGAACAAAGUGAGGAAAAAAGUGGCAAUGGUUCGUAUGGUAUUACUGAAUUUUCACUGGAAGACACUGCGGAUUCAAGCUCCAUUAUGCUGACCCCAUCUAAGAAAGAUAAUGCUUUUGCUUAUAUUGACACUGGUGAAUGGUUUUCUGGCCAGUGGUCAUGCAAGGGCGGGGAUUGGAAGAGGAACGAGGAAAUUUCUCAGGAUAGAUCUUGGAAGAGGAAGCUUGUUCUUAACAAUGGCUAUCCUUUAUGCCAGAUGCCAAAAUCUGGCCAUGAAGACCCUCGAUGGCAGCAGAAAGAUGAUUUGUACCUUCCUUCCCAGAGCAAAAGACUUGACCUCCCACCAUGGGCCUUUACCUCACCAGAUGAACUGAAUGAAACCAUCAGUGCAAGCAGACAAAGUCAAACUAAAUCUGCCUCUGCUAGGGGACUGAAAGGAAUAAUGCUUCCAGUGAUCAGGAUCAAUGCAUGUGUGGUAAAAGACUAUGGGUCAUUUGUUUCUGAGCCUCGCAUGAAAGGUAGAGGAAAGGAAAAAUAUUCUUCAAGUUCCUCACGACCUUACUCAGUAAUUGGUGAAACAAAGAGCUUAUCAGAAGAUGGUCACUCAAAGAGUUGGAAUGAGCAAGACUUGCAGGGUUCUUGGAAGAGCAGCACAUCCUUUGGUGUACCAAACAACCGCCUCUGCAGAGCAGACGAGUUGCAGUUACAUAUGGGUGAUUGGUACUACCUAGAUGCUGCUGGGCAUGAAAAAGGACCUUUAUCGUUUUCGGAGCUGCAAGUACUGGCAGAUCAAGGUGUUAUCGAGAAGCAUAGCAGUGUAUUUAGAAAGCAUGACAAAAUUUGGGUCCCAAUUACCUCUACCGCCAAAGUCCCUGAGCCUGCUGGAAAGUUUGAAAAUGACAAUACUAUGGCAUCUACUGAUACUUCUGGAACUUCUCUGUCAGAGUCAAUGGCUAUAUCAGGUGGAAGCCACAUAGUUUCUGCCAAGUUCCAUGACUUACAUCCACAGUUCAUUGGUUAUUCUCGAGGAAAGCUUCAUGAAUUGGUGAUGAAGUCAUACAAGAGUCGGGAGUUUGCUGCAGCUAUAAAUGAAUUCCUAGAUCCAUGGAUCAAUGCUAGACAGUUGAAGAAAGAGAUGGACAACCAUACUUACCUAUCAGAUCAUUUUCGUCCCAGCAAAAGAGCCAGGGCUGAAGGAAGUGAAGUGGAGGAUGAGAUGGAAGAAGAUACAUCAACUUUUAUGAAGGACAAGUGCACAUUUGAUGAUUUAUGCAGCAAUGUGACUUUCUGCAUAGGAGAUGAAGCAGAUUCUGAGAUUGAGAGGGGAAGCUGGGAUCUGCUGGAUGGUCAUGUGCUGGCGAGAGUAUUUCAUUUCCUUAGUGCUGAUCUUAAGUCACUGUUUAAUGCCUCAUUGACUUGCAAGCACUGGCAAUCUGUGGUCAAGUUUUAUAAAAAUAUAUCUAAACAGGUUGACUUUCUUGCCAUUGCCCCAUAUUGCACUGACGCCAUGAUCUUGAAAAUAAUGAAUAAUUACAAUAAAGAAAAAAUAACAUCCUUGUUCCUACGUGGUUGUACUGGCAUUACUUCUAGAACGCUUGAAGAAGUUCUUUGGUCAUUCCCAUGUUUGUCAUCUAUAGAUAUUAGAGGUUGCUCUCAGUUAGAAGAUUUGGUUUGUAAAUUUCCAAAUAUUAAUUGGGUCAGGAGCCGGGCUCAUUCAAAAAUUAGGAGUCUAACUCACAUAACUGACAAAAGUUCAUCAGCUUCUAAAACUUAUUGUGGGCUGGACAGUAAAAUGGAAGAUUCCAGUGGAUUGAAAGAAUAUUUAGAAAGUUUGGAUAAAAGAGACUCUGCAAAUCAGUUUUUCCGUCGAAGUUUGUAUAAGCGUUCAAAGCUAUUUGAUGCUAGAAAGUCAUCCACUAUCCUCUCAAGGGAUGCUCAAUUGAGACGCUUGGCUAUGAAAAAGUUCGAAAAUGGGUACAAGAGGAUGGAGAAGUUUAUUGUUUUAAGUCUAAGGGACAUCAUGAAGGAGAACACAUUUGAGUUCUUUGAGCCUAAGGUUGCUGAGAUCGAGAAUAGAAUGAAAAAUGGUUAUUAUGCUAGUCGUGGCUUGAAUUAUAUCAAAGAAGAUAUCAGCCGGAUGUGCCGGGAUGCGAUUAAAGUGAAAAAUCGUGGUGAUUCCAGAGAUAUGAACCGAAUCAUUACGUUAUUUAUCCGUCUAGCUAUGAGCUUGGAAAAAGGUUUUAAGCUCUCUCAUGAAAGAGAUGUGAUAAUGAAGUCUUGGAAAGAUGACUCACCUCCAGGCUUUUCCUCUACCUCAUCAAAGUAUAAAAAGAAUUCAAGUAGGGUGUCUGACAGGAAGUACUUGCAUAGGAAUAAUAGUUCCCCAUUCAUUAAUGGCGUUUCUGAUUAUGGAGAUUAUGUAUCUGAUAGAGAAAUUAGAAGGCGUUUAUCCAAAUUAAACAAGAAAUCUAUGGACUCGGGGAGUGACACAUCUGAUGACCUCGACAAAUCUUCUGGUGAAAGUAUGACUUACAGCGAGAGUUCUGGAUCAGAUGUGGAAAGUGACUUGGAAUUACGGUCAGAAGGUGGAACUGGAGAGACAAGAGGGGAUACAUACUUUACUCCUGAUGAUGGGUUUGAUUCUUGGGCUGAUGAACGUGAAUGGGGUGCUCGCAUGACAAAGUCUGGCCUUGUUCCACCUGUUACCAGAAAGUAUGAAGUCAUUGAUCACUAUGUAAUUGUUGCGGAUGAGGAUGAAGUGAAAAGAAAGAUGCAGGUUUCUUUACCUGAUGAUUAUGCUGAGAAGCUGAAAGCACAAAGAAAUGGCACUGAGGAGUCGGACAUGGAAAUUCCUGAAGUUAAGGAAUACAAACCCAGAAAAUUCCUUGGAGAUGAGGUGAUAGAACAAGAAGUGUAUGGAAUAGAUCCGUACACUCAUAAUCUUCUUCUGGAUUCCAUGCCAGAAGAAUCAGACUGGUCUCUUACUGAUAAGCAUUUGUUUAUCGAAGAUGUUCUCCUUUGUACACUCAACAAGCAGGCCAGACACUUCACUGGCACUGGAAACACUCCUAUGAUUUAUCCUUUGAAACCUGUAUUUCAAGAGAUACUAGAAAAUGGGGAGGAAGAAAAUGACAGGAGAACUGUGAGACUAUGCCAGUUCAUCUUGAAGGCCAUUGAUGGUCGCUCGGAGGACAAUUAUGUUGCUUAUAGAAAGGGGCUCGGUGUUGUUUGCAACAAAGAAGGUGGCUUCAGUGAGGAUGAUUUUGUUGUUGAGUUUCUGGGAGAGGUUUAUCCUGCUUGGAAAUGGUUUGAAAAGCAAGAUGGCAUUCGUUCAUUGCAAAAAAACAAUGAAGAUCCAGCACUGGAGUUCUACAACAUAUAUCUUGAGAGGCCAAAGGGUGAUGCUGAUGGGUAUGAUUUAGUUGUUGUGGAUGCAAUGCACAAGGCAAACUAUGCAAGCCGAAUUUGCCAUUCAUGUAGACCUAAUUGUGAAGCAAAGGUAACUGCUGUUGAUGGGCAAUACCAGAUUGGGAUCUAUUCGGUUAGACCCAUUGCAUAUGGUGAAGAGAUCUCCUUUGACUACAAUUCUGUUACAGAGAGUAAGGAAGAGUACGAAGCUUCUGUUUGUUUAUGUGGCAGCCAAGUUUGCCGUGGGAGUUAUCUGAAUCUUACUGGGGAGGGGGCUUUCCAAAAGGUAAUAAAAGAGUAUCACGGGGUACUUGAUCGACAUCGUUUGAUGCUAGAGGCUUGUGAACUAGAUUUUGUGUCUGAAGAAGAUUACAUUGACCUGGGUAAAGCUGGACUUGGCAGUUGUUUACUUGGCGGGUUGCCUGAUUGGCUGAUUGCAUAUUCAGCUCGUCUGGUGAGGUUUAUCAAUUUUGAGAGGACAAAACUUCCUGAUGUAAUUUUGAGGCAUACCAUAGAAGAAAAGAAGAAAUACUUUGCAGAUGUAAGCCUGGAAAUUGAGAGAAGUGAUGCGGAGGUUCAGGCCGAGGGUGUCUACAACCAGAGGCUUCAAAAUUUGGCUCUUACACUAGACAAGGUGAGGUACGUCAUGAGAUGUGUUUUCGGUGACCCAAAGAAAGCCCCUCCUCCACUGGAGAGGCUUAGCCCUGAAGCAGCAGUUUCAUAUGUUUGGAAAGGAGAGUCAUCAGUUGUGGAGGAGCUCAUCCAAUGCAUGGCUCCUCAUAUGGAAGAUGGUAUGUUGAGAGACCUCAAGGCCAAGGUUCGUGCCCACGAUCCUUCUGGCUCUGGUGAUUUGGAGAUGGAGCUUCGGAAGUCUUUGUUAUGGUUGAGGGAUGUGGUCCGCAGUCUUCCUUGUACGUACAGAUGUCGGCAUGAUGCUGCGGCUGACUUAAUACAUAUAUAUGCUUACACAAAAUGUUUUUUCAGAAUAAGAGAAUAUAAGACUAUUACUUCCCCGCCUGUUUACAUCAGUCCACUUGACCUUGGCCCCAAGUAUGCUGACAAGUUGGGGCCCGGUAUUCAUGAGUAUUGUAAGACAUACAAUGAGACUUAUUGUUUAGGCCAGCUGAUAUUUUGGCACAAUCAAGCUAAUGCUGAACCAAAUGCUCUCCUAGCCCAAGCCAGCAGGGGUUCUUUAUCUUUACCGGAUGUAGGCUCCUUUUAUGCCAAACUUCAGAAGCCAUCACAUCGACGUGUUUAUGUCCCAAGGACACUGAAGUUUAUGCUUGCUAGAAUGGAGAAACAACCUCAGAGACCAUGGCCAAAAGAUUGGAUUUGGUCAUUCAAGAAUUCUCCUAGAGUUGUUGGCAGUCCUAUGUUAGACGCCGUUUUACAGGAGGCUCCAGUCGACAAGGAGAUGAUACACUGGUUAAAGCUCAGACCACCUAUUUUCCCGGCCAUGUGAGAUAAGUGAAAUUUUUGCAGGCAUAUUAGGGAAGUGGCAUCAAGAUUUGUUGUUUAUCCACCUCGGUACACUCUUCAGAUGGUUCAGUUUUAGUUGCAGCUGCGCCAUCGCAGAAUUGGUGAUUAUUUUGAAGUAUAAUUUACUUGUGCUACUUCCACUCUUAGUUCUUCUGUACAGAUAUAUUUUCUUCUUUUUCUUUUCAUUCUUUUCUUAAAAUCUGUAAUUCAUUGUUUGAGUAAUAGCGCAGCAUUCCAUUUUGUUUCCUGUGUUGGUCGAUUUAGGAAAAAAUGAAAGCUUUUAGUAAAUUCUGAUCAUUUGUACAAGUUUAUAUGUAAAAUAUUUAGUUGUAGUUAGGUAAAAACGUUUUCCUUUUGCAUUGUGUUAUAAUAUCCUUUAAAUUUCGCCCA